CUCUUUUACGCUUACCACCUGAUUCAACAACUCAUUCACAAAAUGGCCCCCAAGAAGGACGAGAAGCCCGCGACUCAGGAGGCUGCCGCUGAGGCCCCUGCCAAGGCCGAGGCCAAGCCCAAGGCCGAGAAGGCCGCCAAGAAGGCGAAGAAGGAGCCUUCCAAGAAAGCUGCCAAGGAGCCCAAGGGCGACGGCGAGAAGAAGGACAAGAAGAAGAAGAAGAGCGCCGUGGAGACCUAUAAGCUGUACAUCUACAAGGUGCUCAAGCAGGUGCACCCCGACACUGGCAUCAGCAGCAAGGCCAUGUCCAUCAUGAACAGCUUCAUCAACGACAUCUUCGAGAAGGUGGCCACUGAGGCCUCCAAGCUGAGCCGCUACAACAAGAAGCCCACCGUCACCUCCCGCGAGAUCCAGACCGCCGUGCGCCUGGUGCUGCCCGGCGAGCUGGCCAAGCACGCGGUGUCGGAGGGCACCAAGGCCGUGACCAAGUUCACCUCGGGCUAAGCGCCUAAGCCUUCAUGCGCUGGCCUUCUUCUCCAAACUCGGUGUUUCUCAACACCACCACUUUACCGGGGGGAGGGGGCAGGAUGGGAAGGGGUGGGGCCACUGGGCUAGGAGGGAUCGUCCUGCAUUGUUCACCCCCCUUUGACAGCAUGGGGUAUGCUCACGGACGUCCGCUCCUGACAAGCCGUGGCUGGCACGUUACACUGGAGGUGUGGCGUGGUGCGUAGCCACCUGCCGCUGCUGCCGUCCACUACACGGCGUGUGGCAAUGGCGUAUCCAUGCUUCAGCUUAGAACGUGUAUGGGGAAGAGAAGUAGAACGUACAUGACGCCGUGGCGUGCGUGUUGGGCUUGCAUGUUCCGCUGGUCGGUCACGUGGUCGGGCACUGGGCCAAUGGUCGUCGUGAACUCAAACGGCCAUGUGCGAGGGUUGCGCCAGGGGAAGUUGCCUCCUGAUCUGUCGGUGUCAAGCGACCCAAUGCUCCUAAUGCUGUCGCAACCUGUGCAUAUCAGGCCGAAGGGUUGGGACACUUUGCCGUCUGCGCAUCCUUUCAUCUCUCGGGCUGUUGUUGAAGGCAUGGUACCGGUACUGCGCUUGCCGUAUGACGCUGAUUCCCCGCCUCCUCGCCGUGAGAGGUUGUGGGUGGUUGGGGCUUUGUGUGUGGGCAGGACGCACGUGUGGGCGACCGUGCUAGUGCCUGGACGCUUGCGCCCUGGUUUGUGCGUGCGCUGUGCGUGUGUGCUGCGGCCUGGACGAUUCCCGGCACUCCGGUGCCUAGGCUUGUGGCGUUGAGGCACAGCGGUGGGGCUCUGGCGGGUUGAGGCUUGGCUAGGACUCACUGUGCGCGGAGUUACACGGACUUUGACCGCGGGAGGGUUUGCAGCAAAGUCGGGGUUGGUGGAGUCAAGUUGGGCCCUGAUAGCAUGUGAUGGCUCGGCGUCUUCGGGUACUGGGACUGUCCCCUCUGUAACAUCUGCAUUCAUAUCAUGACACGAUUGCAGCUGGUUAAGGGCAGUUUUGUGUGUCGGUUUGUCAACAUGCAACAUGGGGAGAGCCGGAGAGGGUUGGGUGUGAGGCUUGUCAUGCUUGACCGCAGCUAUGUGCAUGAGCCAUGAGGCUGUGGCAUGGUCGCAUGGCAUACGGGCAAAGCGGCUAACUGCUUCUGCAGUUCUGCUGGUCGAAGCCUAGCCGUUUAUUGGGCGCUUGCCCUGUUUAAAUACCAU